GACAGCCCAGCGAAAGUCUGCCAAGCUACAGCUGCGGCGGUCGAUCAGCGAGCAGCUGCGGGACUCCACGGCCAAGGCUUGGGAUCUGCUGUGGAGGAAUGUCCGGGAGAGACGGCUGGCAGAGAUUGAGGCUAAGGAGGCUUGUGAUUGGCUCCGAGCAGCGGGAUUUCCACAGUAUGCCCAGCUCUACGAAGACUCCCAGUUUCCUAUUGAUAUUUCCUCAGUGAAAAGGGACCACGACUUCUUGGAUCGGGAUCUGGUGGAGCCCUUAUGUCGACGUCUAAACACUCUGAACAAGUGUGCCUCCAUGAAGCUGGAUGUCAGCCACCCCAAGAAGAAAGGUGAUGACUCUGAUGAAGAUGACCCGUUGGCUAUCAGUAAACGGUGGACGUUCGAGUGGAGUAGCCGACGUUGGUCUCGUCUACAAGACUUCCUGUUGGAUAACACCGACGAAAGUAGCCCAACAGGUCAGGGGGAGGGUCUGCACAGCACGGUGAGCAGUGAGAGUGUGCUGACAGAUCUGAGUGAGCAGGAGAUCACAGAAAUCUCCUCGCUCCACAGUGAGGACUCUGCCUCUGCCAUGCCUGACUCUAUAUCUAUGGCAUCCCUCUCUGCUUCCUACCAACCACCCAGGGAUCUUCCACACUACAACUCCCUGCCAAUCAAGAGCGGCCGUCACGGGCAAGGACGCAGUAAAGCCAAGGAGUUUUUGCGCCGAAUGGAAGCAAUGCGCACUUGGGGGCCGUCGACAAGGCGGAAAAGCUCAAAUCACAGGCCGCCGCUGGUCAUCAGUGGACCAGUGUUGCAGGGGGAGGAGCCUCAGGCGCUGCAGAUGCUCCAAUGUACUCCCAUCAGCCAAUUAGAACACAGCCCUAAACACAGCCUCCAAAUCGAUGGUGACACGCCCACUUUCGGCCUUAGCGACGAUUGUAGAGAUCAAGCCAUGGUGAGUGUAAGCCCCCCAAGUGAGACAGUGGUGCCAAUUGUGAAGGAGCAUGUGUGUACAAAACCUCGAACUGCCAGCAAGAGAAGCAGCAUGUACCUCGAGGAUAUGGAGUUGCCUUCUCAGGGUAAGAGGACUGAAGGACAGAGCCAGUUUGGCAGAAGCCAGUUUCACUCAUAUGAAAACCUCCUCAUACACAUCCCCAAAGACCAUAAGCCAGGCACCUUUCCAAAAGCUCUGUCCAUUGAGAGCCUGGCACCUUCCCCUGGCGACAGGAACAAUGGUCCAGAGACACAGUCCCAAAUUUCUCCAUCCAACAAUGGCUUGGGUGGGCCCUGGUCUGGUAAACCUCUGUCUAAGCCGCCCUGUCCGGGAGCUCCUCGGGGCAGCAGGGUGAGUGUUUAUGACAACGUGCCGGGCUCCCACCUGUACGCCAGCACGGGAGACCUGCUGGACCUGGAGAAAGAGGACAAUCUGUUCCCUCAUCUAGAUGACAUCAUCCAGCACGUCAGCGGUUUGCAGCAGAUAGUGGACCACUGGAGCCGCAGUGUUCUACCCGAGGGUGAGACAGGGGAGGGGGAGGGGGAAGAGGAAGGGGAGGGCAGGACCACCCCUAGUGAGGGCGAAAGAGAUGGGGUCUCGUUGAAUGACACUGAUUCCACAGGGACCAGUCGUGAGAGGCGGGAUUCCGGAGUUGGGGCGUCGCUGACAAGACCACGUCUGCGAUGGCCCAGUUUUAGGACAUCUGAUCAUCUCAACCAGCCAGCAUCUUCGCUGCAGAUCAGUAGCCAAUCAACAGGCCAACUCAGCCUGCUGCAGAAGUUCUCUUUGCUCCGCCUCACUGCCAUCAUGGAGAAAUACUCAAUGUCCAACAAACAUGGCUGGACAUGGUCUGUGCCCAAGUUUAUGAAGCGCAUGAAGGUGCCAGACUACAAAGAGAAGAGUGUAUUUGGUGUUCCACUCAUCGUCCAUGUCCAGCGCUGUGGUUUUCCGCUCCCUCUGUGUUUACAGCAGGCCCUCAGCCACCUCAGAACACACUGUCUGGACCAGGUGGGGUUGUUCCGCAAAUCCGGUGUGAAGUCACGUAUUCAGGCUUUGAGACAACAGUGUGAGCUGUCCCCUGACACCUUAAGCUACGAGGACCAGUCAGCUUACGACGUGGCUGAUAUGGUCAAACAGUUCUUCAGAGACUUGCCUGAACCUCUGCUAACUAGCAAACUGGGGGAAACCUUCCUGCAUAUUUAUCAGUACGUCCCAAAGGAGCAGAGGUUGCAGGCCGUCAGAGCGGCUAUUUUGUUGAUGCCAGAUGAAAGCAGGGAGGUUCUGCAGACGUUACUCUUCUUCCUGCGCGAUGUCACUUCCUUGGUGGAGGAGAACCAGAUGACGCCAAUGAACCUGGCUGUUUGUCUGGGACCUUCACUGUUCCACCUCAGCAUACUGAAGAAUGAGACGCUGUCACCAAGGUCUAUCCAGAGGAAGUACACUACUGGGCGCCCCGAUCAGAAAGACCUGAAUGAGAACCAGGCCGCCACCCAAGGCCUGUCACACAUGAUCACUGAGUGCCACCGUCUCUUCCAGAUCCCAGAGGAGAUGUUGACCCAGUCUCGCAACUCCUACAUGGAGGCUGAGCUGCUGGUGCCUCCACUGGACGAGCUGUGCAAAGCUCACGAGGAGGAAGUGGAUGAGGACGAGGAAGAGGAGGACGAAGAAGGAUCCUAUCAUGCACACUUAGAGAGGCUGGUCCAGAACCUACUGAAAGAGGCCAAAGAUAAGAGCAAAGGCUGGGUGUCUCGCUCAACUACUGACCAUACAGAACUGUCAUUUAAAAAGGUGGGAGAUGGUAACCCUCUAAGGCGGUGGCGAGUGUGUGUGGAGGUGUCAGCAACUCCCAAUGAUGUGCUGCAGCGGCUGCUGAGAGAGCGCCCCCUGUGGCAGGUCGAACUACAGCAGGAGAAGGUUCUGGAGACGCUGGAUAAACAAACAGAUGUGUACCAUUACUCCUGCCACAACAUGGCACCUCAACCCAGCUGUGACUACGUGGUACUAAGAUCAUGGCGCACAGACAUGUGUAAAGGCUCCUGCGCGCUGGUGAGUGUGUCUGUUGAGCAUGACGACAGCCCACGCAUGGGUGCAGUGAGGGGGGUCGUGCUGGAGUCACAGUACCUCCUUGAGCCCUGUGGGACGGAGAAGACCAGGCUCACACAUAUCUCCAGAGUGGACCUCAGGGGAAAAUCUCCAGAAUGGUACAACAAGGCAUUUGGUCACCUGUGUAUUAAUAAAGCCCAGAAGAUCCGCGCCUCUUUUCUCCCGCUAGACCAGACUAGCACUGAGGCCAAGAUAUGAACAUUAGGAAUCAAGCUUUAUCUUGGGUGACACUGCCAAAGUAGCUGGGCCUGAGAACUAGUGACCUAGCUGGGGAAUCAUCCAUGCAGUGGACUUCAGAAACGGACCUUGAUCUAGGUGUCUUUUCACGCUGCUGUGCCACAUUGGGCUUUACUGUUCCAUGCUGUACUGAGUUACAAUCAUUCACACAGAGAGAAAGGAAGGGAAGAGUGAUUUUUGUUAUGUAUUUCAGUAACAGCACACGAGUGAGAAUGAGAAUGACUUCUGCACCGGCAUCUUUAAACAAAACACAUUUGUUUCCACUUCCAACGUAUAACAAUUAAUUUGAUGUUUCACAUAAUUGGUUCAUAAUGUGCGUUAUCAUAAGGAUGAGGUUGCGUAAACUGGGAGUAUUGUUUCAGUAUUUAUUGUUUUAGGUCAUUCAUCCAAAUCCUCAUCUGAAUUAAUCCAACAUAUUGCAAAAUAUCACCUAAUAAAACAGCCAGCACCAGCAGCCAAGAUCAUGAGACGGUUGCUAUAGUGCUUCAUUUUAUAUCAUCCCUAUCACCUCUACCUGAAGUUUACACAUAGCAAUAACUGAUUUUGUUAUAUGUUUGAUCAAAAACAGCAGAAAAUGUAUUUACUCUACUAAAAGUAGGAUACCCAUAUUUGUAUUGAAUAUUUUGAGAAAUCUAUGUGAACUCCAACUAUGGCCUGCCAGUGGAAUAUACUGAACUAAUUUGAUUGAAACUGUGCAUUUGUGCAUUUUUUCUUAUCAGAUGUAUAAUUCAAUAGAUAUGAAAAAGCAGGACAAAUUCACCCAUCUCCUGCUUUUAUUACAGUUAAUCAGAAAUGACAUCUUAUGUCUGUAAUAGCCACAAUUUGUAAUUAAUUAAUCUAUAUAUGAACUACUACAUCAGCCUUUUAUACCCCUUCUACAAAGCUAGUAAACUAUACUAAUAUAUCCCCAUUAGUAAAAUGCACUUAAUUAUGAUACAACCCACUACAGAUGAUAAUUUCCUGUGCUAUAAAAUAUCUCUGCCAAUGACCAGGAUCAGUUCAAGAUGGGUACAUAUCAGCGCUACAUUGUGAAAAGUGCACUAGUUCAGGAAGAACAAGUACAUGAGGGAUUUGGAUCACAGAGAGGAAAACACUCAUCGGGUCCAUGUAUUGUGUUGGAUAUCACUGUUGAUUUAGUUCUCUGUCACUAUUUUCAGUGUUAAUCUUAUCGAAAUGAAAAGUUAUUUUAAGGUUAUUGUCAUUAUAUCUCUGUAUAUGGUAUCAUUGUUGCUGUCAUGCUCUACAAUGUCUAAGACAUGUGACCAUUUCACUGCUUCUGGGAAGCAUGCUCGAAAUUGUGCGUGCGUGCGUGUGUGUGUGUGUGUAUCUGCAUUUUAGAUAUACGUACAGCCUGUAUUGUAAAUAUACUGUAUGACGCUCUCUGUGCCAGCAGAUCAAACAUCAUAGCUUUUCAGGAUCUUCCUAUCAUAUUGAUAUGCUGAAAUGUGAACUUUUCACUCACCUACUAAAGCAAUAGCAAUCUAAAGCUUGCUCUAGCACUGCCUUGGCUUCUUUUUUGUUUCGGCUGUAGGCAGCGUUGCUAUGGUGUUGCUAUGAUACAAUAUCUCUACAGUGCCACCCAAAUCCUGCGUGGAUGCUGUUUGCUGGGGAACAGUGUGGCGUGUUUGUCUGUGUGUGUGUGUGUGUGUGUGUGUGUGUGUGUGUGUGUGUGUGUGUGUGUGUGUGUGUGUGUGUGUGUGUUUGAAUAUUUGUGUAUGAGAGCGACAAAAGACAGAGUGAGUGAGUGACGUGAGCUCUCUGCUGUGUGGGGAGAGGCUCCAAACCUAGCUGAGUAGCUGAUUCAUGCUUGGUUAUUUCUGACAAAGUGACAGAAAACAGAAUUGUUGUUUCUAAACAAGAGAAUAAAAAAAUCAAAGA